ACGAGCGGGCAUAAACCGCUUUUAAAGUAAUUCAAUACUGUAUAACAGUAUGACACAAUCGUUUAUUUAACACAGUCCGCUAGCUGUUCGUUUUUCACUGUCUAUAACUGUCUAAGUAAGAGAAGCGCGCGUGCGUCUCAAUUUCACGUCGCUUUGUUGAAACGAAGAGCAGUAAAUUUCACUGUUAAAAUAUUGGACGUGAAUCGUCUGCGCUAUUUACUUUGUGUAUCAGUUCAAUACGGACGUGAUUAUAGGCGUGCGUCGCUCGAUAUCGGUCAGCGGAACACCGACUCCCAGUGCAACUGCCCGACACAGAACAUCUCAGGAACAUGGCUGAGGGGAAAGAGAUUCGAGUCGUCGUCAUUGCGAUGGAUGGAAGUGAUUGUUCAAACUACGCCUUUGACUGGUACAAGAAAAACGUGCACAAGCCUGAUGACUUCGUGGUGGUAGUACACUGUCCGGAAUAUCAAACCCUAAUGCAUCACUCGGUUGGCCACGAGAGGAAGGACAUCGAGCAGGUGGCAGGGAAGAUGCAGGAAGAGCAGAAGAAAAAGAAUGACCUGCUGGAGAGUCUCAAACAGAUGCUGACUGAUGCCGAUAUUUCUGGCAAGGUGAAAAGUAUCGUGGGACAUCCAGGGGAGGUAAUCGUGAAAGCUGCCCAAGACGAGAGUGCUCACCUGAUUGUGACGGGUACGCGCGGGCUCAGCAAGUUGCGGCGCACCUUCCUAGGCAGCAUCAGCGACUACGUCCUUCACCAUGCUCAUAUUCCUGUCAUCGUCUGCAGGCAGUGACAGACACUAGCUCACCGAACGGAUCUAGGAUCUGUUCAUAGGGGGACAUUAAAACAGAAUGUAGUUCGGUGGCGUUGUUAAAAACUCUUCACCUUAUUAUACAAACGCAAAAUUAAUCACUUGAUUCAUUCAUUCAUUUCAACUUAUUGUCGUGCUUAUAUCCUAUCCAUUGAGUCGUUAAACUCGCUCUGGGCGCCAUAUGUGCGAUGGCUUAACCACUACACCACCAAGGCCGGUUUAUAAAAAAUCACUUGACCAAAAAUAGGGGCUUAAUUGCGGCUACUUGAUCAAAAAUAGAGGCUUGUAAACAGUGCUGUUUUUUUGUGAAUGAAAAGAGUGCUUUUUUGUUAAUUGUGCUAUUUUUAAGAAUGCCCACAGUGCUGUUUUUAUCAAUGUAAACAUUGCUCUUUUUUAUAUUAAUGUAGGCCAAAAUAGCUUUUGUUUUUACGAAUGUUUAAACAGUGCUAUUUUCAUUAAUGUAAUCUGGUCUCUUUUUUACUAAUGUUAACCGUGCUGUGGGUCUUAAUUUAAUGUGAAUUAAAAGCUGCCCACAUCUUGAUAUACUUGAUUACCAAAAUGAUUAUGUAUAAGCAGAGACUUACGUACAUUCCACCAGGCGAACUCAUCAACGUACACCAUAUGAUUUGAAGGAACCUUUCAAUUUGUUUGUUCUGGGCAUUAAUUUUAGUUGCCAGUAUAACACCAUUUCAGUCAUGUUCUAAAUUUCUUGCCACUGUAUAACAGUAUUCUAGGGUGUAUUGGCAAAGCAUAAGCGUAGGAAGUUCAAGGGAAGGGUGGAUAGAAAGGGGUCUGCUCAACUCGAUUGUGCAUCCCCCCCCCACCCCACCCCACCCUCUACCAGUUGAACGACGAAUUAAUAUAUACUCCCCUCUCCGUUGCUGACAUCUUCCGACGCCUAUGCAAAGACUGAAAGUCCUUGGUGUUAUUUUAGUCACUUUGUUUUAGCAAUUUUAAAGUUACUGCUGUAUUAAUUUGUAAUUGUAAUAGAGCUUUGUUUUAGCACGUGUUAUAAGGAGAUGAUGUUUUCACUUAUGUGUACGCUCACCGUCGAUUAAGGCAGCCGAAUACUAGCAGUCGAUUCACUUUAAUUAUAACAUGGUUAAUGAUAACUUUAUUCGCAUUAGGCCUAAUGGCCCUUGAGCACAUAAUGUAUACAUUAUUAUAUACAGAGAUAUAAUGUUUGUAUACAUCUUGUAUAAGGUAAAAUCGCAUUGACACAUAAUUCGGUUACAUUAGUAACAUGGCGAGCAUGAGUAUUAACAUUAUGUUUAUAAAAUAAAUAAAUGCAAGAUUAUAGGUACACAUAGUCAGGGCUUCGUGAAAUUUUAUAAAAUCCAUUAGCCUUGGGAUCAGUUAUUUUUAAAAUUUACUAGCCACGAUUAUAAAUUCACUUAAGUUAAAAAAUAUAUAUUAUAUAAUAGUAAUAAUCAGAUAUGUGGUUUAAACAGGGAGAUAGAGCUUAAAACACUAAUAUUUGGGGGUUUGGGUCGGGGCAGGAUACUCAUAUUUACAAAAUAGACUUAACUGCAACAUUUGAUUAAAACAUUUCACAAGCCGUCGGGCAUGGCAAAAGUAGUUAUUUACUAGCCCAACAUUGAAUAUCACUAGCCAUGGGAGUGGAACUACCAUAAUCUAGAAGCCCUGCACAUAGUAUAUAUAACAAACUUUCUACUUAUGCAUUCACAUUCACAUGAUAGAAAUUGUAAAUUGUAGGUGGAAUCCCUCAGUAGCACAAUGAAUAUUAAUUAACAAUGGAUUUCAUUCGCUUGCGAAUUAUAUCCGGUCUAUAAAUUGCAUUGAUCUUCCCCAUAGAUAGUAUAUUUCACAAUAUUAAUGUGUGUACCCGACUUUAUGUCUGGCAGUAAAUUGGCACGCUUGUAGCCCAGGAACCAAUACGAAAAUAACAAGUUGAUGACGUAGGUUUACGGUUUUACUCUGUGAAGGUAAGAACUGGGAACUCCGAAAGGCUUGCAGAGCUAUAUUCUCCAUUCGUCUUAAACAGGAAAAAAGAGCCGAUAACCACGUCAUCAACCUGCUAUUAUGUUUAUCCUGCAACUCGAUAAGAAGCAGACAAAGAGAGUCAGUUAAUCAACUUUCUUAUUCACCUCAAGUGAGAACAUCAUUCGUUAUUUUUGAAAACACAUAUACGUGCGAUAACAAUUUCAAGACAUACGACUGGCUGCUCCUAUGUGAUGACCAGGUUGCCAAUGCAAUAUGCAUACAUCCAUUAUCUUACAACCCGUUCAAGUACGUAUCCAACUUGCUUUCAAAUGUUAGAUACGUUUAAAACAAUUUGCAACUGUUGUAAGAUAAAGUGUACCUAACAGUCACUCGUGUUGUAUUUUCUAUUUAUUCCUAGCAUUCGAUAUGCCCAAGCUAAAUAAGCAAAUGUUUGAAGUAUGACAUUAAAAAAAAUAUGACUUCAUUUUUUGUUGUUGUAAUGGUAUAUUUGUCGCGUUCAAAAAUAGUUUUGACUCAUAAUUCCUCAAUAUAAAUACAAUGUUUAUACUGGAUAUUUACCAUAAUCAAAAAUUUCAUUUCGAUUGAAACUGAUGAUAUAAAGAGCAUGCAGUUGAUUUGAUUAUUCUAGUCAAAGCAACCGAGUCGCGUCAGAUAGGUCGAUUGUCAAGUAGUAUCUUGCUACUAGCAGGAUAUCACUUCGUUGUAUAGUAUCCGGCCGUCAUAUUCUUUCGAUACAAACUGUGGUUGCAGGAUAAAAUUUAAUGCAUAAAUAUAAGCGAUUAUACUCCGUACGUUCCGGUUCAUAAAAUAUCCAGGCUGCAGUGUAACAUAAAUACUGAGUUUCAAUUAGGGUUAGGGUUAGGGUUAGGGUUAGGGUUAGGGUUAAUGUUAAUGUUAAUGUUAAUGCUAGACAUAGAAUAACCAUUCUGGAGGUAGGUGAAGUGCUCACUACUAUGUAUGUGAUUAGACUAAUGCAGACAUUAGGCGCCUUAAUUCAUUCUGAUCCUCAUCUUCCGACAAGAUGUCAUCCCAUUCGCCUAUUCUGUUCAUAAUUUAUAAACAUCAUUAACUGCUCCAGUGAUGUCUCUAGAUUAUUCUUCUAGACAUGUUGUUAAAACAUAGUUGAACAAGUUUGUUAUUAAUGAAAAAAUUAAACAUACUUCAAAUAAA